UUCGCAUCGCUAAAGAUAGUGGAUGUGUCUUGUUUAGGCACGUUGCCAAAUUUUGAUGAAGCUGUGAAUCUCGGAAAAAACGGGAUCCGUUCAAAAGUUUUGUUCUUCACGAUUUUAAUAACCGAUGCUCGACAUAAACAGGUGACCAGUUUCCUACAAAUGCGGAGACUCAGAUAUUUGUUUUACGCCAUUUUUACAGUUUUAUCAGCAUGCAUUUUGUGCUCGAAUGCAGAAGAAGAGUGCCUGAAGAGUACUUACUGGUGCUAUGAAUGUGAUUCGUGGACAGAUCCACGAUGCAAGGAUCCUUUCAAUUCAACAGCCCAUCCCAAUGAUUUGCCCCCUCUCAAACAGUGCGAGGGAUGUUGUGUCAAAAUCGUCAUGUACGCAGCAACACCAAAAGAAGUAGUGCGCCGAACCUGCACGAAAAGUCUCCAAAUCAACCUGUUUAUGGUAGACCACGUGUGCAUGUACGAAGGAGGCAAUACAGGACACAUGUGUUUCUGCGAACGGGACAACUGCAAUGGUGUGCUGGCGCUCACAGCGGGGUUCACGGCACCUCUGCUAUGUGCCUUUUUGAGUGUGGUAUAUUUUCUUGUAUAUUGAGUGUGGUAUAUUUUAUUUGAGUGUGGCUCAACGGCACUCGAGAAUACUCUGAAGACAUCUUCGGGCAAAAGAGGCAUGUUGUUAGCAAAGUUUGUUUACAACUCUGUACAAAAUUUUCUUUUUAAGAAUUGCGAAUGUAAUUAUUUCUUUAACUCUUGCAUCAGCGGCAUUUUGAGCUCCUAGCAGUUAGGACGGAUGUAGAUCUACUUUGUGCAGCAAUAUGAAGUAUUCUCAUAAAACCCUCAGUGUGCUAAUUCUUGCAUGAUCCCAUUCCAAAAAUAUAAACAAAUAUCAUUUAGUGAUGAACUAGAUAUUUAAAUUCAGACUAAGAACAGUAUUGUUAUGUAAAUGAAGUUUAUAAAGUGAUAUUUAAGAUUAAUAUACAUUAAAAUGGGGUAAAUGCUUUUCAGUGUUGUAUGGUAAGUUUGUUUUAUGUUGAUUAUGCGAACAGCUUGGAUUCUAUUGGUUAUAUUCAGUUAUUCUCAUUAUACAAAAUACUACCUUUUAUCAAAUUAAAGAAUUAAUUUUUUUUUCAAAUAUGAUUCAGAAUGAAACUUUCGUUUCCUUAACGCACAUAAAGAUAAACAGCCUAAAAUUUUUGUAUUGUCCACAAGUCACCCCGUUGUAUUUAAUAAAAGAUACAGAAAAAUGACAGUUGUGUGUAUCACUAAAACUAUUAUUUUUGGUUUUGCUAUUUGCAGAAUUAAAAUUUUCUUCUGUGAAGUGAUUCUAUAUUCUUAAUUUCGAGAUGCUUUGUAAUAUGUUAGGUCACAUCUAAAAAGAUAUUCAAAGUAUACAACAACUUAACAAUUUGUUAAGUUUUAAAGCAUAUGUAUUUCUUCUUUUAUUCCAAUAUCAAUGCUUUCAGCAUACCGAAUAAUUUUCAUACAUAAAGACAAAAGUGUGCAUUGCAUACAUUGGUUUUAUAUAAAAAAAAGUUUUGUAUUUAUUAUUCAAAAAUAAUACGGAUAAAUGUUCGAUUAAUUGCCAAAGUCUCCAUUUGAAUUCUGCUGGCUAGCUGGAUUUUAUGGAAAUUAAGAGAAAAGAUUCUUAUUUAUAUAAAAAUAUGCUUUCACACCAUGCAUUACAAUUGGUAAUUUACAGUAAAGUACGGAAGAAAAGCAGACGGAAGCUGUACUUCCGUCUACCAUUUUAACUUUAAAUUUCUUUUAAUAGUCAAUAUCUUGAAUUUUUCUUAUUGUGUGACUCUUGAAAGAUUAUCUAGACAUGUAUAUAAAAAGGUAAGACUUCCAGAACAUUUUAUCAGCAGGCAGUAAGUGCGUAGAGGGAUCCAAAAAAUCAGGAAUUGGGCUCCUAAAAGUAAUAUCAUAAUAUGUUUGGAGCAGCGUCGCGCGUUUUAUCUUUUCGAUGCUGAAAUACCAACAAUGCAUAAGUAAACAGACAAGUUGAGGGAACAAAAAGACACACGUUCCAAUUUCAGGCGAGUACCAUAGGUAUCGAAGAAUAGGAAUUCCUGUUUUGGCAAAAAUUGGGAAAGCGGGAUCAGCGAAACAUUGUUACAUAACAUUGACGACUUAUAGAUCUAAGUGCAUGAUUUAAGUUGAUCCUUUGAUGUGUUGAAUUAAUACUUUCACAGUAAACUUGCUUUUACUGCGUUUUUUCCGAAUUUUAUGGUUGUCUGCAGAAUUUUACUGCUUUCAUGGUGGCUACGUAUUGGUUACCAAGAACUAGCGGAACCUUCAUUGCUAUUCUAAGACUUCUCAACGAACAGAUUGUUUGCAUCACAAACUUGCUACAACAUUCCAUAAGUUUCUAUUAGGUAUUUGCUUAAAUGAACAUGGAACGUCUUUUUUUACUCAUGGCAAACCAAAAUAUAUCUUAAUAAAUAAUCCGAUAUAUCAGAAAACAUCUCGCGGUAUAAUUGGAUGAAUUGCUGCUCUGUAUAAGAUAAUUUAGAUAAACUCCACUUUGGAUUAUGGUAGAUUGGCUAUCAAUAUACAUUCUUUUCUGGUUCUCGAAUUUUGGGAUUCUAUCAUGUAUAACGAUUGGAUUUCGGGUGCCUGCAAUGUUUGGCCAAAUGUUUUAUUACCUGCAGUUUACAGACAACUAAUAUGUAAUUUUUCCAAAGUUAUUUUAUUAAAAUUUUAUUGUAAUCACUAGUGAUGUAACGAAUUAUAAAACGUACAAAUAAUAAAAUUGCAACAAAUCAAAGCAUAUACGCUUUGAUAACACAAGCGCACAUAUCACGGUUUAAGCCAUAGAUGUGAUAAACUGCUAUGUUGCUUCAAAUGCUGCUGAUUUCACAAAUGUUGAUAUUUUGUGCCAUAAGUAAUAACAUCAUUGUAUUUUAAGUGUGACUAUUAACACGUGAGUUGAUUAUGUCUUCUUAAUUUUGGUGUUGUUAUCUGCAUUGUUUUAGUCUUAUGCAUUCAGAUUUGUGUACCAGUUCUAAAAUUUGAUUGUGGUGAAUAUUACGUAUAUAUGCGUCUGCUGCCUUACCGUGCAAUAAGUGCAAUUCAUGUUUUAUUGGUUGUUGCUGUUUUGAUGGGGAACUUGCGUUUUCUAUGUAUAUAAAGCGGAAUUCGGAAAGAAUGCGGGUUGAAAACAGAAUUAACUGCUGUAAAUUGCUUAAGUGUUGUUACAGUGAAACACCGGUUCUUUGAGGUAGAUAUGAAUACGUAGCUCCCUGAAUACUGUACAUUAGAAGAGCGAAUAUUUAGAAUUAUAGCAUUUAAAUUUAUUCACCGAAAAGUUAAUAUUUUCAGAUUAUUUGAGGAAUAGACUCGUUGAAUAUAUUUUUCUUUCCUUUUUUUUUCUCAUUUUUAGGGAAGAAAUAUACAAAUUUUAAUUCGUUUUAAAGUUACCUUUUUAACGACAACAAAAAGUUUGUCUCAUCUUAACAAUACCUGUAAAUUAGAUGCUUUGCAAUAAGCUAUAUGUGUAGAAAAUAGCCCAUCCUAAUUAAUCAAAAUAAUCGCCGUUUUCGUCUGCGUAGAACGAAUAAAACGUUUUCUUGCGUUACUUUCGUCGAUUAUUAUCAGUGUGGUGCUUUCAACAACGGUGGCUGCAGAAUAAAAUGCAAUUAGAGAGAUUUUUUCUAUGUGUCGUUAUUAUUGAACGGCUGCGUUUGGUUGUAUGGUAAAUAUUUUCAACAUGACUGCUAAAUGAAUUGAAGCGGAUUGCGAAUUAUUAAGGAAAGUGACAUUUUAAUAGAGAACAACAAACUGGUACUUCUUGAUUGUGAACCAAAGAUAAAUUUUGAAACAAAGCAUGCACUUAAUGUAAAUAAAAUUGAAAUACAUUGCUGUGCAUUGAAACUGCAACACAGUAACGAUCUAAAUUGAAAGAUAAAAUGAGUUUACGGAAUAAUCCGUGACACGCAAGGUAAAUGAUUAUCAGAUACAAGUCUUGCAAAUAAAGAACAUAGUGAUAAGUAUUCUUUUAUCAAUCAGAGACAACCGACUGUAUACGGGACGCCUUGAAGUCACAGUGAUUCCACAUGGUGAGGUGAGGAAUGUUAUUCUAUAAAUCAUCUAUAUGAAUUUAGAAUUGUUGGUGGUAAACUGCAAACGAUGCUCAUUGUGUGAUUACACCUCGCCUGUAUUCUGCUCAGCCAUAAAACAUAUAGAGAACAGGCAGAAAAAGAAACUGUUCGUGUUGAGUACAUAUAAACUUUGGACAAUACAGACACUUUGAGAAUAAAAACUAUCUUGCCGAAAAGAUGUAAGAAGAUAUUCUGUGAUAAGGCAGGAUUUCAACGUUUAAAUUGUCUGUUGAAUACUGUUGACUAUUCAUAAUCUUGUACUUCAGAAAAGGAAAGAAUGUGACUCAAACCACCAAGCUUGAGGUAGACCAAGCAUGGUGCUAUGCAGUGUAACGUCUUAUAUGCUGUUCUCCACGAUAUCCCGUAAAUAAGGAUUUGGGUGUAAUGGUAGAGGCCACAAAGUGUAAGGUCAUCUAAAAAAAACUAUUCCCAUUCAUCAUCCGGCUCUGACGUCUCUGAUGUAGGAUCAAAUGAUGUUUGAGGAUAAAGAGUGAGAGUUAAGGGCCCUCGUUACAACAAUCGUCGAAGAUCGGUAUUCGCAGAAUCUCUUGUUUUCUCUGUGCUCCCUUGAGGCGUCAGAGCUGAGGAAACAUCUCUGCCGUUCGGUGUACUUGCUUGUUUUUUGUAUCCGAAAUGUGCAUUAAAAUUUCAGAUUUCUAAUGGCGACGGGUAGAAUUUUCAUCUGUCGUCAUUCACAUGUAACUGCAGUAAUUUUCUACGAACACUUACUAAAGUAUCACGAUUUGGCAAAACAUCUUCUCUUAGUCAACAUUUUUUUCUUUUUCAUAUAUCGUCUAUUGAUUGUAAGUUCCUCUUCUUCUGCAUAAGGCCAUAUUUGCCUAUAAAUAGCAAAUAUUAGUUCGAUUUCCUAGUAAAAUGUAGGACGAAUUGCUUGCUGAGACCUUUUUUUAUAUUGCUGAAUUAUGGUUUUGCCAUAUUUGAACAUGUGUCACAUGUAUUGACACUAAAUAUUGCUUCUUCCAGGAUAAGCUGUUUAUUUCGUAAAAGUCUAGCCGACCUCAUAGUCACUUUCACAGUGUUGCAGUUCCACGGAACAGCAGUGAAUUUUAAAUUUCUAAAAUGGAAUUUUUUCUUCAAUUCAGAAUAAUAAUAAAUCCCAAUAAAUCAGCUGAUGUGUAAAAGACGUUUAAUUUGUUACUUGUACUUAUGUAUGACAACAUUUUGUAUUGAACAAUGCCAUAAAGAUAACAUAACUUCCAAUAAUUUUGAAAUAUGCACAAAUUGUUUAUUGUAUUCCUAAUUAGAAUAUAAUUUGCAUCCAUUUCGUUCUAUGCACCAUUUUAUUCUCAGUAUCCAUUCAUUAAUAAUAUAUUUAUUUAAUAAGCUAUAUUACAUAUUAAUUUACGAAAUACGAUAACGUACAUAUUAGUCUAUAUAAUAAAAUAAAUUAUUUUUAUUUUAAUUUGCUAGGGUAAAUCAGAAAUAGAGCAAAAAAAGUUAAAAUAUGCAAAUAUUUUAUUAGACACAUUAUAUAUAAAUUUUUAUUAUUAGGGUAAGAAAAAAAUACACGUUGUUUGUAAAUGUUUAUAAUAAAUAAUUUAAUGAAGUGAUAUUUUUAUAAUGAAUUCAAAAGGUUAAAAGAAUAAACUAUCAAAAUUGACCCAGUCGUUUUUUAAAAUAAAUAAUAAAUGUUUACAAACUAAGCAUUAAAUUUGACAAAUACUGACCAACUGAAGGUCGAAAUGCAUAAGAUCUAAAUGCUAACUGUUAUUUUGUUUUAUUCUAUAUUUUGUAGCAUUAUAUGUGUAUUGGAAAUCGACUUAUAUGAAAAACGCAUUAGUUAGGAAAAUUAAUUCUUCAUGAGAAAUAUAAUGAGACAUAGUCACUUUAUUACUUUUAAUUGUUUUAAUAAAAAAAAUUAGCAAAUCCUUUGGGCUUUUAGAUAAUAACAAGGAUGCUUGCAGCAAAUUAUUGCAAAAGUGAAAUUCCCCAAAUCUAUGCAAGAGUACAAUUUCUUAAGUUUUUGGAAUGAUUAAUUUUUUCUAUGUAACUUUACAUAUCUAUUAAUUU